AACUCUGUUACCAUCUUCCCUUUCUCCUCCUUGCUAUUUACUGUCCUCACCAGCCAAACCCAUCUUCCUCCUCACCUCCAUCCUUAUCCUCUAUCAUCCAUUAUCUUCUUCCUCUUUUUUUUUUUUUUCUCUCUCCUCCACCAUCCUCCCCCAAGUCUUGAAAAAGAACCCAUGGGGAAGAAGAAAAAGAAAGGAGGAGGAGGUAAACAAGGUUGAAAAUCAAAGAACCGUCCUCACCUCCAUCCUCAUCCUCUUCAUCCAUUAUCUUCUUCCUCUUUCUUUCUUCCUCUUUUUUUUUCUCUCUCUCUCUCUCUCCUCCAUCCUCCUCCUCCAAGAGAACCCAGAUCCCAAGAACCCACAGGGUUCUCUUGGAGAACCUAGAUUUGGGAGAAGGAAAAAGAGGGGAGGAGAGGGAAAGAAGAAGAAAAAGAAAGGAGGAGAGAAAAGAAGGUUGAAAAUUAAAGAACCAAGAUGAAAUUGUAGGUUUUGGUUUGUUCUUUGAAGUAGCCAUGGCUUUGAAAUCUUUCAUCCAAGUCCAUCAUGACUCUCAUUUCCCCAUCCAGAACCUCCCUUACGGAGUCUUCAAGCCGCAACCUCAUUCCCUUCCUCGCCCCGGCGUUGCGAUUGGUGACUAUGUUCUUGACUUAUCGGAGAUCGCCAAGGCCGGGCUGUUCAACGGUCCGUCGCUCAACAACUCCGAUUGUUUUCUUCAGCCUACUCUUAAUAAGUUUUUGGCUAUGGGCCGGCCAGCAUGGAAGGAAGCUCGUGCUACUCUUCAGAAGCUAUUGUCAUCUUCUGAACCAACGCUGCGUGACAAUGCAAAUUUGAGGCAGAAAUCACUUGUGCCAAUGAACAAGGUAGAAAUGGUUCUUCCCACAGCAAUUGGAGACUAUACAGAUUUCUUUGCAUCCAUGCAUCACGCUAGAAACUGUGGAACCAUAUUUGUGGGACCCCAGAAGCCAAUCCCGCCAAACUGGUUCCAUCUUCCCAUUGCAUAUCAUGGCCGAGCAUCAUCUGUUGUCAUCUCUGGAACUGACAUAAUACGACCAAGAGGUCAGGGUCAUCCGAAAGGGAAUUCACCACCAUAUUUUGGACCUUCACAGAAGCUAGAUUUUGAGCUCGAAAUGGCUGCUGUAGUUGGUCCUGGAAAUGAAUUAGGAAAACCUAUAGAUGUUAAUGAGGCAGCCGAUCAUAUAUUUGGGCUUGUCUUGAUGAAUGACUGGAGUGCUAGAGACAUUCAGGCAUGGGAGUACAUACCUCUUGGGCCUUUCCUUGGGAAGAGUUUCGGUACUACUGUGUCCCCUUGGAUUGUGACAUUAGAUGCAUUAGAACCUUUUGCUGCUGAUGCUCCCAAGCAGGAUCCCAAACCGUUGCCAUAUCUAGCUGAGAAGAUAUCCAAGAACUAUGACAUUGCUUUAGAGGUUCAAAUCAAACCUACUGGACAAAAAGAUUCAUGUGUGGUUACGAAGAGUAAUUUCAAGAACUUAUACUGGACAUUGACUCAACAAUUGGCACACCAUACAAUCAAUGGUUGCAACUUGAGGCCUGGGGAUCUCCUUGGAACUGGAACCAUCAGUGGGCCUGAGCAAGAUUCUCUUGGAUGUUUGCUAGAAUUAACAUGGAAUGGACAGAAGCCAUUGUCAUUGAAUGGAACAACUCGUAGUUUCUUAGAAGAUGGGGAUGAAGUAACCUUUAUUGGUUGUUGCAAGGGAGAUGGUUACAAUGUUGGCUUUGGGACAUGCACCGGGAAGAUACUUCCAGCCCCUUGAAGAAUAAGUCAUCGCAAUGUGCAAGUAGGUACAACACUCACAAUCGAUGAUGUUUUCCUGUCAAGAGAUGUCACUUGACCAUUUGAAUUGAUUCUCAUGGUUGGACCAGUCUGUUUGUUGUAAAUUAGUUUAUGGUUCUUAGUAGUUAACUGAAGAAUAAUUCAGAACCUUUGUUGCUUAGCAUUUUGUUUCUGGUUUUUGGAUGUUGGAAGUUGUUACUUAGUAAUCUUUCAGUGCAGUUCGUCAAGUCUGUUUGUUGUAUAUCACUUAAUGUUUAUCAGCCGGACCAAUAAAAAAUCGGUGAAAAU